AAUGCUCUUGCACCCCCCUCGCCCUCACCGCCCCCACACUCCUCGCUCCCCCAGCUCCCACCGCUUCCAUUUCCCGACACGGCGCCGGCCUCUUCCCUUCCUCCUCGGCGCCCUCACGUUCCUCUUCGCCCCUGUCGUAUACUCGGUCCAUUCUUUCCUGCGGAUAUACAACAAUUUUCCGAGGCAUCAGCAAUACAACUUGCUCCUCGCCAAUUCGCCUGCCUGGGCGCACCCCCUGGUAGACGCACUGAAAGGGCUUCCAGAGACAAAAGGCAUGCCUCCACCAAACACGGUACAUGGUCUGAGAAAAGGCCGGUCGAUGGAAGAAUACAGUGCGCCUAGACUGUCGUUGCCGGUGGAAGGACUUGACGGGGAGCUGACGAGCCCGGCGGUGUUGAUGCUCCAUAUCUUUGCGACGCCUUCGCCGGCCUCAAGGAAGAGGCGGGAGCUGAUACGGUCGAUCGACUAUUUUUCGGCGAUCCCUCCGCCGUACAGACAUCUGGUGGAGAUCAAGUUUAUCAUAGGGCGAUACAGUCCCGGGCACACGUUGUACGACGAGAAUGAAUCGCGCGAGAUUGAGGCAGAACAGAAGAGGGAAAAGGACCUGUUCAUUCUGGAAGACCUUGAGGCGGGGGAUGAUAUGAACCGGAGAAAGACCUGGGAGUGGUUGCGACAAGUCGGUAAAGAGGGCGGGAGAGAAGCGUGGUGGGUGAUGAAAUGUGAUGAUGAUGUGAGACCGCCUUGCAUAGCAUGCGCGUUGAUUGAUACAUUGCAGACAUUUCCCAUCCUCCCAAACCUCCUCCCUUAUCUCCUCGCCCAUUCUCCAGGUACACCAUCAUACGUCGGUACGUCCUUUGGACGUUGGCCGGGGUAUCACUUUUACUUUGAGGGCAUGAUGUACGGCUUCACCUGGCCUGUGGUGAAAGCGCUUGCUGCAGCAAACGUCUCGAGGGAAGACAGGAACAGAGAGUGGGAUGAAGACGCCCACAUGGGAGCUCUCAUGGUACACAGACUCGACCUAUCCAGCCGUUUGGGCAACUAUCGUGCCAACCCGCUCAUCGCCCUGCCCAUCCCAGGCCGUCGAGGGUCUGUUGGGGUACAUCAGCUCAAGAAUGGGACGCAAUUCAAGAAUGUCGUUGAUGAGGUGAUAGAGAGCUGGGAGGAGAGGGGGUUGGAGUGGCGGUGGAGGGUGCCGAGGGAGCUUGGGAUCGUGGCCGAGUGGGAUGUUGAUUGGUGA